GGCCGGAUGUUGUUAAGUUUCAACGCAUCCUUCAGUAUGUCUUCCACAGCUACCAUCAGGAGGUGAAGAAAGUCAUAGAUGCGGCUCAAGGUAGCUGGGAGAGGUUCAAGGAGGGAAUGCAGAGGAAAUACCGCCUGGGAGACGGGUUGUUGACUACCACGGACCUUGAAGCGAUGAACAAAGAGGAUUUUACGACUAUAGGGGUCUUUGUUCAAGAAUUUAAGACGAGGGCGCGGAAGGUCCAUGGGAUUUCGGAGGAAGCAGAGUGCGCCAUCUUCCUGAGGCUACUCACAGCAUCGGAGGCCGUCGAGUUGACGAGACAUGGAGGAGGUAGCACUAAGCUCACCUGGGCCACCAUUGACAGAGGGGUGGAAGUUGGGUGCUUGGACCAAGUGGAACAACGUCAGGUACGCCUGCAAAGACAGAAAAGAAAGGAAAGAGAUGCGACCGCUUCUGGGACCCCGGGAGUAACAAGGAUUGUUACAGACGUAUUGGCACAGCUAGGGUAUGCGACUGAUCCAGUGGUGCAAAGGAGGGUGGUGACGGCUGUCAAACUAAAAGGAAAAGGGCCAGUGAUAGAGGAGGCUGGUAAGGAGGAGCUCUGGGAAGAGGAAGAGCCGGUGCCGCAGCACCUGACGAAGGUCCGGCGCAAAGCCCAACCUGUGGCCCCGCCACCGUCACCUGAUCCCAGUUCACAGGGCAGUGUUGUAGGGGGUGGGAGCCAGGGGCAGGGCAAUCAAGGCAGUGGAGGGAGGGGUGGAGGAAAGGGGGGAGGCAGGAAUGGCGGCGGGAGAGGAAGGCAAUGGAAUGGCCAAGGCCAGGGGUACCAAGGCCAAGGGAGUCAAGGUCAGGGGUACCAAGGCCAAGGGAGUCAGGGCCAGGGGUACCAAGGCCAGGGCUAUCAAGGCAAGGGGUAUCAAGGCCAGGGGGAUCAGGGAAGUCAGGGGUAUGGAAGACCCCGCUUUGACUGGAGGACGGCCAUCUGUCAACAUUGUGACCAGAAGGGCCACACUAUAAGGUUCUGUAAUAUAAGACUGGAAGACGAGAGAAGCGGACUGAUUUCCUCUACUAUGGAUGGGAAUAUCUAUGAUCAGUUUGGGGAGGCCAUUGACAAAAGGCUUGGAAGAGUGAGGGUUGAAGCCCAACGAAGAGCGGCAGCGGGGCCACCGCCCCGUGCCAUGUUCAGGCUAUGGCAGGAAAAGGAGGAACCACCGUUUAGGGUGGAAGAAGUGGAAAGCGAUGAGGAAGUGACUCAAGGGCUACGAGGAGGAAGUGAGACGGAAGAGGCCAUAAUCAUCGAGUCAGAUGACGAGGAUGAGGAGGAAAGAACGGAGUCUCCGUCCGUCUUAUUUGAGAAGAUGGAGGACUUGCUGGAUAAGAUGGGGAGGUACCAACAGAAGUUGGUAGGCCUCUGUAAAGAAGUGAAAGGAUGGAGGUCUAACAUCCCCACAAUAUUCCUCUAUGACUCCGGCCCGGAGUCAGCACCUGGGCGACCCGGAGUAAAUGUGGUGGGGUCGUGCCCACAAUCAGGAAUGAGGGGGAGACCCCUCACUCCGCAGGCCCGGCUGGCACAGGCAACGCGAACGAGGAAUCAAGCCAAGGCCAGUACCAGUCAAGAGCCUCCAAGGAGGGAGCACGAACCAGGGAGAAGGAAAGAAGCUGUGGAAGUAGAGGACGACGAUGAUGAAGAGGAAGAGGACGAGAGGCUGCGCAGAGAAGAGGAUCAGAGAGCGGAGCAGCGGGCAAGGAAAAAGGGGGUCAGGGGAGAGGUCGAACUGGUGAUACAUAACGGACCGCCCAAAAAGAAGAAAUACGCAGUCCGGUUGGAAGAAGGAUUUGACGUAGAGAAUGUGAUUGACCGGCUGCUGGAAGGGCAUAAUGACCUCAUGACCCUGAAGGAAAUCCUAGCGUCAGCCCCGCGACUCCGCGAUGAACUGAAGGGGAGGUUAUCACGGCGCCUGSUGYCCAAUGUSCAUCUGGGUACGAUCCUGCYCAAGGAGGCAGAGYGGGCAGAGUCAGGUACGAAGAURGACUGGAAGUGCGUAGCCUGCGGUACGGUGGAUUUGAUGKUGAAGGAUUCCAAGUGCGCAGCAAUGGUGGACACCGGGGCAGAGAUGAACAUUAUUCGRGAGGCGGACGCGAUCAGAUUCGGGCUGGAUAUAGACCGUUCUGACUGCGGUAUUCUGCAUGGAGCCAGCUGUAAGGCCAUGUUUUGCGGGACAGCCUCGAAUGUGCUCGUCGAGGUUGGAAAGGUGAAGAUAGGAGCAAUAGAAGAAAGGAUCCAGGAGGCGUCUGACCAGGUGGCGAGAAGUCGUAUGGAUGAUAAGGCUCGAUGGGAUCAGUCUGCGCGAGUGAGGAAAGUACCCUUGACAGUCGGGGAUGUCGUGCUUCUCUACGAUACAUCGCUGGAGAAGCAGUGGUCCAGGAAGCUCGAUAAGAGAUGGUUAGGUCCCUACCGAAUCGCACGGGUCGGAGACUUCGGAGCGUACCAGGUCGAGGAGUUAAAUGGGACUGAGUGGAAGGAUUGGGUAUCUGGAACGCGACUGAAGAAAUUUGCGGCGAGAGAAGAGGGUGAGGGGCAUAGAGAGAAGGCGGACGAGGUGUCACGAGAGGAUGUGCCACGAGAGGAGGUGCCACAGGGGGAGAUACCACGAGAGGAGAUGCCACGGGAGGAGGUACCACAGGAAGAGGUCCGGGGUACUCAGCGAGAGAGAGGGCUGGGCGAUGAGGGGAGACGUGCAGGGAAGGAAGUGAUAGAGGUUGGAGAGGACACGCCCCCACAGACGCCAGCAGUGGGUUUGAGACUCGGGGAUGCACCAGGGAGCACCUGCCACCUAGCAGCUCAUGCCCCGGAGCACCCAGACCUGGAGGAGCCAGCACCUGCAGAGCCACGCCAGGAGUUAUGCCAGCCCGAGAAGGAGAUGGAAGCAGUGAUCCCAAAGAGGGUCGACCUCCGCACGAGGGAAAGGGCGCCAGCUGGAGAGACGGCUGAAGAAAAGAGGGCAAGAAGAACUAGACGGAUAGAUGAGAUAUGGCAGGAGAGACAGAGGUUGGAGGCAGCGGGGGAGCUCCCAGAGCAGCAACAGGAGAGGCAGAGAUCGGAGGCAGCAGGAGCACUCCCGGGUCAUCCACCCAGCGCGUCAGCCAAGACCCCGGAGAUUCCUGAGAUGUGGAGAGAUUUCUGGGAGCAGAGAGGAGAGGAGCUUCCAUCGCCAGUCAGAGCCGGGUUUGGGGUGGCCAGGAAGGCGGAAGAGAGGUUAGAUCGUAAAAUCAAGUUCCUGGCCAAGACCACUUUUGACCGGCACUUGUUAUUGGAGGGCGAUCUAACAGGGAAGAAGAUAAAGGAAGCAAGCCAUGGAGUACGCCUGGAGGCUAUGGAGAUGGAAAUUCAGGAACUCAAGACCUUGGUGGCCAGCCAGGCAGCAAUCAUCGAGAGCCUGAGGCAGCAAACCCAAGGAAGGGUGGACAGGCCAGAGAGCAGCAGGCAGGGAGAGCAGAGGCAGCCAGGACAGGGAUUGCCAGGACAACCAUCUGCAGCAGGGCCUCGCCAGGAGCCACCUAUGGGGAGAGUUAUCCUGGAGUCAGAGGAGGCGAGAGCCCAGAGACAGACAGAGAGAGAGGCGUUCGAGUUUAGAGCCCCUACUGAGCUCGCGACGCUGCCAGUGGCGGCGCCAGGCCCAGUCGUACCUUUGGCAGUAGAGGAGGGGUUGCCACCAUCUAGCAGUGAGCCGGCUCAGGGCUCAGCAGAGGGAUCCAUGGGCGUGCUCCUUGAGGCGGUGCAUACUAUGCAGGAGGAGGUGAGUUUGUUUUCACCUGAGCAGAAGAUAGAGGAGUCUCUUGAGAGAGAGAUAGGGAUUGAGGCAGAGAGUACCAUCGAGAGCAGACUCUAGAGGAUAGGCACACCUGAGUAUGGACCAGAGGAGAUUGAGGAGCAGCCCAACGCAGUGCCAGAGGCAAC